GCGGCUCCCUCCCCCUCCCCAGUGUCGCGAGUUGGCGCCGCUGCCACCCCCCGGCUCCGAGCUCCCGGCCCCUCCGCCCGGCCCUACCGAGCCUUUCCGGCGCCCCCUCCUCGCCUGCCUCCGGCCUGCUCUUCUCCGCGAGACGGCCGCCCCCACCUAAGCUCCAGCCCUUUUCUCUCCCCGCCGAGCCGCGGCGGCAGCAGCACUAGCAGCAGGAGGAGGAGCCCUGAGGCGGCGGUGGCCCAGGAGCCCAUGGCGUACAGUCAGGGAGGCGGCAAAAAGAAAGUCUGCUACUACUACGAUGGUGAUAUUGGAAAUUACUACUAUGGACAAGGCCAUCCUAUGAAACCUCAUAGAAUCCGCAUGACCCAUAAUUUGCUGCUAAAUUAUGGCCUAUAUAGGAAAAUGGAAAUAUAUAGGCCCCAUAAAGCGACUGCUGAAGAAAUGACAAAAUAUCACAGUGAUGAGUAUAUCAAAUUUCUACGUUCAAUAAGACCAGAUAACAUGUCUGAGUAUAGCAAGCAGAUGCAGAGAUUUAACGUUGGAGAAGAUUGUCCAGUGUUUGAUGGACUCUUUGAGUUUUGCCAGCUCUCAACUGGUGGGUCAGUUGCUGGGGCUGUGAAGUUAAACCGACAACAAACUGAUAUGGCUGUUAAUUGGGCUGGAGGAUUGCAUCAUGCUAAGAAAUCAGAAGCAUCAGGAUUCUGUUAUGUUAAUGAUAUUGUGCUUGCCAUCCUUGAAUUACUAAAGUAUCAUCAGAGAGUCUUAUAUAUUGAUAUUGAUAUCCAUCAUGGUGAUGGUGUUGAAGAAGCUUUUUAUACAACAGAUCGUGUAAUGACUGUAUCAUUCCAUAAAUAUGGGGAAUACUUUCCUGGAACAGGGGAUUUACGGGAUAUUGGUGCAGGAAAAGGCAAAUACUAUGCUGUCAACUUUCCAAUGAGAGAUGGUAUAGAUGACGAGUCAUAUGGGCAGAUAUUUAAGCCUAUUAUCUCAAAAGUGAUGGAGAUGUAUCAACCUAGUGCUGUGGUAUUACAGUGUGGUGCAGACUCACUAUCUGGUGAUCGACUUGGUUGUUUCAAUCUGACGGUCAAAGGUCAUGCUAAAUGUGUAGAAGUUGUAAAAACUUUCAAUUUACCAUUACUGAUGCUUGGGGGAGGUGGAUACACAAUUCGUAACGUUGCUCGCUGUUGGACAUAUGAGACUGCAGUUGCCCUUGAUUGUGAGAUUCCCAAUGAAUUGCCCUAUAAUGAUUACUUUGAAUACUUUGGACCAGACUUCAAACUGCAUAUUAGUCCUUCAAAUAUGACAAACCAGAACACUCCAGAAUAUAUGGAAAAGAUAAAACAGCGAUUAUUUGAAAAUUUACGCAUGUUACCUCAUGCACCUGGUGUCCAAAUGCAAGCUAUUCCAGAAGAUGCUGUUCAUGAAGACAGUGGAGAUGAAGAUGGAGAAGAUCCGGACAAGAGAAUUUCUAUUCGAGCAUCAGAUAAACGGAUAGCUUGUGAUGAAGAAUUCUCAGAUUCAGAGGAUGAAGGAGAAGGAGGUCGUAGAAAUGUGGCUGAUCAUAAGAAAGGAGCAAAGAAAGCUCGAAUUGAGGAAGACAAGAAGGAAACAGAGGAUAAAAAAGCAGACGUUAAGGAAGAAGAUAAAUCCAAGGAUAAUAGUGGUGAAAAAACAGAUACCAAAGGAGCCAAAUCAGAACAGCUCAGCAACCCUUGAAUUUGACAGUCUCUCCAAUUUCAGAGAACAUUAAAAAAUGAGAAAAUAUUGGAAAGAAAAAUGUUUCCUUUUUGAAGACUUCUGGCUUCAUUUUAUACUACUUUGGCAUGGACUGUAUUUAUUUUCAAAAUGGCUUUUUUUGUUUUUGUUUUUGUUUUACUUGGCAAGUUUUAGUGUGAGUUCCUAAUUAUGAAGCAAAAUUUCUUUUUUCCACCAUGCUUUAUGUGAUAGUAUUUAAAAUUGAUGUGAGUUAUUAUGUCAAAAACUGAUCUAUUAAAGAAGUAAUUGGCCUUUCUGAGCUGAUUU